AUGGACUCUCUGGUAGCGAGCUACGCUUCGUCGGACGAAGAAGAAAAAGAAGUUCCACAAUCUCUCCCCCUAAAAUCAUCCUCCUCCUCCUCCUUGUUCUCAGCUAUUCCUCAACCUAACCAAUCCAGAUCCUCCAAAGAUGAGCCUUUAAUUUCAUCUUCAUCCACUCGAGAAAAGUCUUCCUCUUUCCUCUCCUCUCUCCCUCCCCCCAAAUCCCGCCAACAAAACCCAUCUCCCUCCUUACCUAAACGCGUCGUUCAGAUCAAGCUUCCUGUAAACCCUACACCGACCUAUCUCGACGACGAUGAAGACGAAGAAGAAGAGGAGAAAGCGAGGAAGAAGCGCAGACAGAUGGAAUCGGCAUCGAACAAUUCGUCGGUGACGUCUUUCUUAUCCGCCAUGCCUGCCCCAAAGAGCUCGCAAACACUCGGCGCCCUUCCUUCGUUGGGAUCAGGAUCAGGAACGGGGCGAAGAUCGAUUCUUGAAACAGAGACACCUGCGAUUACUCAAAGUACUGAUCAAACGCAGUCGUUUAGUACCGAGACGACCCAGACGGAGCAAGUAGCUGGAGUAGUAGUAGAUAACUAUUAUGCUGGCUACGAGCAAAACCCUAGUGGAAAUUUAGAUGCUUUUGGUUAUGGUGGAUAUGAGCACAACCCUAGUGGAAGUGGUUAUGUGGGCUAUGAUGAUAGCAGUAGCUAUGGAGGUGGUAAUGCUUGGAACAGUGGUGGUGGUGGGACGGGAGUGCCUGAGGCGUUUAUAGCUAUGGAUAGUGGUGCGAGGAGAGGAAGGAGAGGGAGGAAUGAUUUUCCUACGGAGAUAGUUGAGGUUAGGCAGGAUGAGCUCAUGAAGAAUAGGCCUAGAGUUGAUCAGGUUAAAUCUACCGGGAUUGCCUUUGGACCUGCCUAUCAGCCUGAGUCGUCUUCGUCUAAGGGGAAAGUGUCAAAGCUUCACAAGAGAAAGCAUCAGAUCACUGCGUUAUUCAUGGACAUGAAGCACAAGGAGUCGGAGCUAGCAGAGAGACGUUCAAAAGGAUUGCUCACUAAAGCUGAGACACAAGCUAAAUACGGAUGGUGA